AUAUAAUCAACAAGUAAUUCAGUCAAAAAAAAGAAAAUCAACAAUUAAUUAAUGCACCAUGUUUUUGUGAAUAUAUAUUAAAGGAUAAAGGAAAAGGUCUUGGUUAGUACUCCUAAUUUUCAUUGAACGGUCAAAAAAGCUGAAAGCUGAAAAAAUGAAGAAAGAAAUGUCUCAGCUUGCGCUUUAUAUUAUGUUUGUUGACUAAUACGAUUAAAUAACAGAUAAAACCGAACACCACAAAACAAAACCAAAAACAAAAACAUUUUGCAUUUCUCAGAAACAAUUUCUCCUUAAUUCAUCUCCGUUUUCACCCUUCUCUUGUUUUCCAUUAAUCACACGAUCCAUUUUGCUGAUAAAAUAAUAUUGGUGUUGAAAUAAAUAAGCUAGUUUUCUCUUUAGGGUUCUAUACAAGGUUUUUUUGACCUAAUUGAUUGAAUUGAAGCUGUAAAAAAAUAUUCUUGAUCUACUUUACUUGUGGUGAUGGCAACUGCGGCGGGUGUAGUACCUGCUUCUGGAUUAAUAGAUGUAAAUGCAAGUUCAGUUUCUGCUGUUGCUGCUGCUGAUACGUUACCGGAUGAGAUACUCGGCAUGAAAAUUAAGGAUGAUAAGGAAAUGGAAGCACAUGUGGUAGAUGGAAGUAGUACUGAAGCAGGACAUGUAAUUGUCACUACCAUUGGUGGUAAAAAUGGCGAACCAAAGCAGACAAUAAGCUACAUGGCUGAGCGUGCUGUUGGACAAGGAUCAUUUGGUGUAGUUUUCCAGGCAAAGUGCUUGGAGACAGGUGAAACUGUGGCGAUAAAGAAGGUUCUUCAAGACAAGAGGUACAAGAACCGGGAAUUACAAACAAUGCGCCUUCUGGACCACCCCAAUGUUGUAACGUUGAAGCAUUGUUUCUUUUCGACAACUGAAAAAGAUGAGCUCUAUCUUAACUUGGUACUUGAGUAUGUUCCUGAGACUGUCCAUCGCGUGAUCAGACACUACAGCAAAAUGAAUCAGAGGAUGCCAUUGAUAUAUGUAAAACUUUAUACUUACCAGAUAUGUAGAGCACUAGCUUACAUUCAUAACUGCGUUGGAGUGUCUCAUAGGGACAUAAAACCUCAAAAUUUACUGGUCAAUCCUCACACCCACCAGCUGAAGAUUUGUGACUUUGGGAGUGCAAAAGUUCUGGUCAAAGGUGAACCAAACAUAUCUUACAUCUGUUCUAGGUAUUAUAGAGCUCCUGAGCUUAUAUUUGGUGCAACCGAGUACACCACAGCCAUUGACAUUUGGUCAGCUGGUUGUGUACUUGGCGAACUAUUGCUUGGCCAGCCUCUCUUUCCCGGUGCAAGUGGAGUAGAUCAACUUGUUGAAAUUAUCAAGGUUUUAGGUACCCCAACAAGGGAAGAAAUAAAGUGUAUGAAUCCUAAUUACACCGAAUUCAAAUUCCCACAAAUCAAAGCUCAUCCAUGGCACAAGAUCUUUCGCAAGCGUAUGCCAGCAGAAGCUGUGGAUCUCGUCUCAAGACUACUACAAUACUCUCCAAAUCUUCGAAGCACAGCUUUGGAGGCCAUGGUUCAUCCAUUCUUUGAUGAAUUGCGUGAUCCAAACACCCGCUUACCUAAUGGGCGUAAUCUUCCUCCUCUAUUUAACUUCAAAGCCAAUGAGCUUAAGGGAGUGCCUGCUGAAAUGCUGGUGAAGCUGAUUCCAUCUCACGCGAGAAAGCAAAGUGCCUUGUUUAUGUCAUAGACUUAGAAUGUUGUCUUGUGUAAAUAUUAUCUAUUCAGUGUCUGUAGAAUUGUAUCUAGUUUUUCAAGUUGUUAAUAGUCUUUCUCUUUUACCUUUUGUUCCAUAACUUGUUUGUAUUAUUUCUACCAAAAAAAACACCUCACCUUGCAAAUUGCAAUCUGUUGUUUUUUCUGCUGUUAUGGUUUAAUUGUUUUCUUGACCUUCAACUUUUAA